AUGGUGCAGUUCCAUUUCGCUCUGCUGCUAGCUGCACUCGCCACUGUGCGUACCUUCGCUCAGACCACUGGCCAAGAAGUUGCAAUUCUCGUCGGGGCGGGAUGCAAGUUCUCCAACUACUCGGCGCUUCCGAAGGCAACGCCAAACGAACCUUCUUACAGCCUCGAGUUGAACCCCGGACUCGGCAAAGGCAUCUACGUGCUGCAUUUUACGCAGUUUAACCUCCCGGAGGCCGACGUCUUGAUCGUGAGAGCGUCUGGGGCCCCGAAAUCGUCACCUCCGGCUGCAGUGCUAUCUGGGAAGAACGCAACUGGGAAGUUUUACUCGACGGCGAUUGCUGGGAGUGGCGUCGAGAUUGAACUCCUCAAAGCUGCAGCCCCCGACAACGCCACCCCUUCUUCAUGUCGAGGAUUCACGAUCGGCGGGUACUUGUUCUCACCCAAAGAGCUGGCGGAGGAGGCGCAGCAUCUCAAGAUUCCUGUCAAAGUUCCUCUCACCAACAGCUCCAAUAUAUGGGAGUCCGACGACGAUGACCGCAACAACGAGAGCAUUUGCGGUACGGAUGAGUCCGUGGAAGCUGCGUGCAUCCCAAGCUCUACCAACAGUGGGGAAGGAGCAAUUAUGCUGGCCAAGUCGCAGCCUGUGGGUAGACUCUCCAUCAUCAAGGAGAAUGGCAUGAUGGUCGCCUAUUGUACGGGCUGGUUGGUGGGCUGCGAAGGCCAUCUCAUCACGAACCAGCACUGCAUUGGCAACGAGCAAGACGCACUCAACACGAAGGUGGAGUUUAUGGCCGAGUCGAUGAGCUGUGGGGGUGACGAACAGUGUGAUAGUCGAGGAGGUUGCCCCGGGCCUGUUGGUGUGACGACUACGACGCUUGUGGCAGUGUCGGAGGACUUGGACUACGCGUUGGUCCGGCUGGGAACUAACACUUCACACGCGAACUACUCCGAGCUGUAUGAGAAGACGGGAGGUUAUCUGCAGUUCCGAGGCUCUGGAGCGAAGCUGGACGAGACCAUCUACAUCCCGCAGCAUCCGUUGGGCUACGGCAAGAGGAUCGCAUGGCUGUACAACGGCCAGCCAGGUCGAGUCGAGUCGCUCACGGUCACCGAAUGCCGCAAGGACGAUGUGGGGUAUUACGUGGACACCCAGGAAGGCUCAUCAGGCUCCCCGAUUAUCGCCACGAGUGACAACAAUGUGAUCGCUCUGCACCAUUGCGGCGGCUGCCUGAACGGCGCGAUCCCUUCGCAAGCGAUCAUCGCAGACCUCAAGAAGAAGGGGGUUCUGCCCAACUGCACGGUCGCCCAAGAGAGCAGCAAGAAGUGA